GAACAGGCCGGUGCUGUCACUCACUUCAUCGAUGGCUCACAGAUAUACGGCAGCAAUGAGGACAGGAUGAAGGCUGUCCGUGCCUUCAAAGAUGGUAAACUUAAAGUAUCCAUAAUAAAUGGCAAACAAUUCUUGCCGUUUGACACGAAAGGACUGUCAGUUGUUUGCAGAGCACCUGAAGGACAGCACUGUAUUUACGCCGGCGAUAUAAGAGUGAACCAACAAUUGGGUCUAAUUAUACUUCAAUUGAUAUUCUUGAGAGAGCACAACAGAAUUGCAGACAUACUAAAGUCUCUAAAUCCAAGAUGGACCGAUGAUAUACUGUUUGAAGAGACCCGCAGAAUAAUCGGCGCUCAACUCCAGUGGAUUACAUACAACGAGUUCCUACCCCUGGCUAUAGGUCGCCGUGCGAUGCAAGUGUUUGACCUGUUCCCGAGCCCCUGGGGCUACUCCAACAAAUACAAAGACUAUUCUAACCCGGGGGUUAUGAACGAGUUUGCAACGGCAGCCUUCAGAUGGCAUACAUUGGUCCGGAGUUUUUACCAUUUACUGGACUCGGAAGGGGAGUAUACAUCACACCUGCAACUCCGCAAUAUAUUCAACGACCCGUCACCUCUUUAUAAAGCCGGUGCUGUCGAUGAGGUGCUCUAUGGGACGGCAGUACAGGCUUCGCAGCAAUUCGAUAGUAUAGUCACCGAAGAACUAAAGCAUCAGUUGUUUCGGCCGCCAAACGGCUUAUUCGGUGGCGACUUAAUCGCCACUAAUAUCCAUAGGGGUAGGGAUCACGGGCUGCCUCCUUAUAACAAGAUGCGAGAGAUCUGUGGUUUACCAAGGUUAACUAGCUUUGAUGACUUGGAUCGUGCGUUUCGCAGCGGAAUCGGCAGCAAUUUUGCCAAAUUGUAUAAAAGUGUUGACGACAUCGACCUGUUUAUGGGCGGCAUUCACGAGAAGCCGGUUAAGGAGGGUAUCCUCGGACCAGUGUUUGCCUGUAUUUUCGCUGAACAGUUCAGACGAUCAAAAGAGGGCGACCGCUUCUGGUUUGAAAACUUUGGUUUCAGUCACUCGUUCACUGAAGCACAAAUAUAUGAGAUCCGAAAAGUGAGUCUAACGAGCAUUAUAUGUGCGAAUGGCGAUGACGUCCAAUACUUCCAGCCCUUAGCGUUCGUGCAGCCUAUUAAUGGGUAA